CGGGUGGGGGUGGGGGGGUGUUGCUCAUUCUUUCCGAUGACUUCAGGCACCGAGGAGCGGAGCAGGACACCAACAUUGUUCCCUCGCUUUCCUCGCAAGGUUUAAUUGUUCCUCGGAGAUGCUGUGGGGGUCCGUUUGGGGAGCCUGGCUCCUGCUGGGCUUCAGCUUCCACGUCGCUACGUCCCUUCUCGACCCUCAAGUCUCCGGAGACCCGGACCAGGCAGACGGGAGCGACGAGCGGGGAUCGGGGUUCUACCCCCCGCACCUCCUCUCCGCAGACGACCCCGGCGCGACAGAACCCCCCGACAGAGCCCUCAACUGCACGCAAAGCUUCUGGUUGCCUCCCAGCCCGGGGGUGUGCUGGGAGAAGGUGGCCGGGCCGGAGGAGCUGGCCGAGUCCCGCCUGCUGGUUCUGCAGAACCGAGCCGCCCUGCACGCCGUCACCUCCUCCAGCGGCGUGGGCGAGGGGGGGCUCUCCUACGACAAGCAGGCCAGGGAGGAGGUGCGGGCCAUCCUGACGGACCACCAAAGCGUGGUGGCGGCCGUUGAGAAGAUGGAGGAGGCCUUCGUCUCCCUGGAGGAGACCAGGAAAGACGGCAAGGAGCGAGGACUCCUAACAAGCUUGAAGGAGCGGAUGGCCCACACCAGGAAGGCGGGGUACGCCCGGGAGCUGACGGCGGCCACCCUGGAGAGACGUUUGUCCACGCUGGAGGAGAGUCUGCUGGCCAUGCAGACAAGACUCAACAAACUGAUCACAUGACAGCAUGACAACAGUGUCCUCGUACACCCCCUGCCACCCCCCCCAUAAGCAUGAUAUGCUAACAUCCUGUACAGCCUGACUACUCCAAUAAAGUCUCCAGGCAGCGUC